GGUUUGGUUUUUUUUUUUUUUAAUUUUGGGUUUGGUUUUGUUGUUGUGCUCCGGGCACCAUGUCAAAUUCGGGCUCCCAUCAAGACACUGGGAACAAGCCAGAGACGGAAAAAAAUAACCAAGAUGACUCUCAACCCCCUGUCAACUCCGAGAGGAGGAACAAAAGUGGAAUAAUAAGUGAACCUUUGAACAAAAGUCUUAAGAAGUCCCGUCCACUCUCCCACUAUUCCACCUUUGGUAGCAGCAGCUCGGUAAGCGAACAUUCAGAGAAAGGCAACCCCUUAGCUAAUGGCAACGAAGCGACUGUGGAUAAAAGUCAUUCUACCUCAAAGCACAAAAACAUCUCUAGUAUGCUGAGCAAAUUAGACCGGGUGUCGGAGAUCUCCUCAGAAGGACAGACCGCCCUACAACAGUUUGCUCAGUCGACAGAAAUGCUCAAAAGAGUGGUACAGGAGCAUCUUCCUCUAGCAAGCGACCACGGGACUGGUAUCUCUGACAUGGAGGCAGUCUCAGCUGCAGAGACAAUGAACGGCCCCUCUGAUUUUCCUUACCUGGGGGCUUUUCCCAUCAACCCAGGCCUUUUCAUUAUGACCCCUGCCGGCGUGUUUCUGGCAGAGAGCGCGCUCCAUAUGGCUGGCUUGGCAGAGUAUCCCAUGCAGAAUGAGUUGGCAUCUGCCAUCAAUUCGGGGAAAAAGAAACGGAAAAGAUGCGGCAUGUGCCCGCCCUGCCGAAGACGGAUAAACUGCGAGCAGUGCAGCAGUUGUAGGAAUCGCAAAACUGGCCACCAGAUUUGCAAAUUCCGAAAAUGUGAAGAACUCAAAAAGAAGCCUUCUGCAGCACUGGAGGUAACCGGCCCCUCUCAGGCACCCUAACCCCUCCUCGGGCUGCGCUCCUGGGUUCGGAUCUUGCCCUAGAUAAUAAAACACCUGGUACUUC